AUGACGUAUAUUGAAGAUGAUGAUGACAUUAAGAAAUAUUUUGCAGCAUUUCAUCUUCUUGAGAGAUUCCCAGCAGCAGUCAUCAUUGAUGAUUUUGGAUAUUUCUUCAUCAAGGAAAAAUAUCAGGAUAAAAAGAGCUCAAGAAAGAGGGAUAUUGCUAUGGUUCGUGCAUUGGCUUCAUGUCAGAAUGCCCUUUCACAUGCAAAUUCAAUGUCGCAACCUGGUGGAUCCUGCAAGCUUCUACUUUCAGAUACGUAUAAGCGAGACAAAACAAGCUUGUUGUUCUUAUAUAAGAUAUGGAUACAGUCCAUAUUCACCAUUGAAGGUGGUGGAGCAAAUUCAUUUCUGCUGAAGAACAUAGCUAAUCAAAGCAACUUGCCAACAAGGAUGAGAACUGCAAAGUUCUCUAUAGCUUGUCAAUAUCUGAUACUGGAAGAGAUGUUGGAACAGUAAGGUUGCUUUUCAACUUUUGUUCCUACUCUAUUCUUGAAAUAUUUUCCCUGAUAUUAUAUGAGAGGGCCAAUGAGAUAUGAAUAUUAGAAGCAAAAUGUAUUAGAUCUUUUUUCUUACAUUUUUUUUAUAUAAGAUCUGUUUUGGUUGUAGUAGGAAGCUCAAAUCACUUUAGUUAAAAGCACCAAAGACAGAAA